GGUGACGGCUUCGUUGGUCAACUAUGGUCUCCUCUUCAAUAUGGAAAAACUUUCAGGAUCAUUAUACUGGAAUAAUACCAUCUUUGGAGUGAUCCGGUGGGGAGUGAACAUUCUAGUUGGCGUUGGUGAUUACUUUUGUAAAUGUGUCGGAAGAAAAGUCAUCAACUUUGUUGCCAUGGCUUCCAUCAUCGCAGCGCUUGCAGUCAUCUGUGGACUUUACUUCCAAGCCGUUCGGAACAUUGCCAACUCAGCACUUUCUGUAGCAAGUAGGAUUGGGACUAUUUUUGCACCUCAGCUCUUUUACCUGGCCGAUGUGCUACCAGUUCUGCCGUACGUGGUGCUUCUGUUGCUGUCGUUUAUCGAUUGCAUAUGUUUCCAACUCUUCCUUCCGGAAACCAAAGGAAGGAAUUUGGAGAAUCACUUGCCACCAAAAAACAAAAGGAUAUUCAAUCGAAAACGAAGUAUACUCGGGGAAUAAAU